AUGCAAAUUGAUUCUGAUUCUGUGGAAAGUGACCACGGCCUAAUGGUAACCAACAUGAGCCAAAGGAACCAUGAUAAUGAAAGUAGUGGUCAGCAUGAUUGUACAAAUGUUAAGACUCGCCGCGCCGACUCGCUUGCUAAAGAAGAGAAUGCUGUAAAGAACAUUAGUGAUGUCGAUGACAGAAUAGGUAUGCAAGAUGAGGCUGAUACGCCACAGAAGGCACAAAAUCAUACUGGAAAUCUUGCCGAGUCUCAAACUCCUAUUGAAAUGAAAAUCAAUAGUAAUGAAUGCUCUCAACUGAAGAAGGUAACCAAAUCGGCAACACCUAAUCCCUCCAGUAUAAAAAAACCGCCGGAUGGAGGUUGGGGUUGGCUGGUGGCCUUUGGCAGCUUCAUCAUUACGAUGCUGGUGUUCUCCGUGCCUGUCUGUUUUGGCAUCCUCUUUUCUCCAUUCUUCCUGGAUCUUGGCACAUCCUCCACAACCAUUGCCUGGAUCUUCAACGUCCAAAUGUUUAUCUGGAAUUUCCUAACUCCUUUCGUUAGACCCGCUGCCCAAGAGUUCGGCUGGAGGAGAGUUGGUUUCACUGGCGUGUUUUUUAUUUCUUCGUCGAUCAUCUGCUCGGCAUUUGCACCUUCGGCUGAGUUCCUCUUCUUCUCCUUCUCUCUUCUUGGUGGCAUCGGGUCAUGUAUGGCAGGUGGAUUAUGCUUCCUCGUCGUGCCCACCUACUUCGAUCGACGACGAGGAACAGCAAACGCAAUGUUGAUGUCAGGAAUCUGCAUGGGGCAGAUAAUGGGCGCUCCGUUUAUCCGCUAUCUGCAGGAAGAGUAUGCCUUCACAGGAGCUGCGUUGAUAUAUGGUGCUCUCAUCCUAAAUGGUUGCAUUGGUGUUUCUUUCUUCCAGCCUCUUAAAUGGCACUUAAAGGAAACAAAAGCCAUAGAAAAUGUUGCCCCUGAGGACGGGUCCGUUCCCCUUCUAACAAAAGCAGAGAGCACCGAAAAGAAUCCCGUGGAAGAAGCUGGAUCCAAAGUCCUAACACAAGACAUGAAAACACAAGCAAGAAUCGUGAGAUCAAGAAUGCUAGCAAGGGUCAGCGAAUCAUCCCACGUUUCAAAAAACUCGGAUAACAUGUCCCAAUUGUACGUCUCCCUGAUGGAAAUUCCCGAUUUGUCAAAUUCAGCAGAGGACGUUGAGAAGGACACUAAAUCAUCUAAUCUCUGGGAACUCACAAAACGUGUCUGUCGCUCUACAGUAAAUGACCUCCGAAUCUACCGCUCGCGAAGAGCUCUGAUCAUUAACCUAGGAAUCGGAUUUUGCAUCAACAGUUACAGCAAUUUCCUCAUGAUGAUGCCCUUCAUGAUGCAGGCGAAUGGAUUCGCUUUGCAGGACUCGGCUUGGUGCAUAUCGAUCUUCGGCAUUUGCAACUUGGUGACUCGGCUGCUGGUGUCCCCACUAACUGACUGGUCGAAAUUCAACAUGCGCCUGUGUUUCAUGAUUGGCUAUGCUAUCAUAUCUCUCACAAUGUAUGUUUUCCCAUUACUGACCAACCUCAUGUGGAUGGGAGUAGUUAUGGGGAUCGCAGGAUGUGGGAUCGCUGCCAACAUCACACUCAACAACCUCAUUAUGAUCAAAUACAUGGGCCUGGAGAAACUGCCUCAGAUGUUUGGGUCGUCGGCACUUCUGAUCGGGUGCACGUUCAUUGUGUUCGGGCCCUUCCUUGGCUUUGUACGCGACAUGACCGAGAGUUAUGUCAUCAGUACCUGGAUACUUGCUUCUACGUCAACCUGCUGCCUCAUUAUGUGGUUCUUCAUGCCCGCUGCUGUGGCCUAUGACGCAAGGAUGGAAGCCAAAACUGACAGGGAAAAAGAACGUGUUUAA